UUGCUUUUAAGAAUUCAUGCGCCAAACAUAUCUUCUUCAUAUCACUGUCUGGCAAAAUUGUUGGAUGCCAUUGGGGAAGAAGGCACUGGAAAGGAAAUCCUUGGAAAGUUUGGGAAUCAAGUUCUUGAUAUUUGUCGCGUCAAAAUUCGCGAGUCUCUUCUUGAGGACGAGUACGAAGACGCUGAAAGAUUGGCGGCCCGCGAGGCUUCUCUCAUUCGUAUGGUUGUAACAAUUGGAGAGAUUGUACAGUUCUCUCCGCGGUUGAUGCCGGCUGGGCUCCGUCACUUUGACGCUUUAAAGACAGUUCUCGCGUCGGACAUAUUCCAAGAAGAGGACUUACCUGUUGUCAACUUUGCAAUGCCAUCAGUUAACCCAUCACCAUCCACGUCUCGUGCUCCUUCACCUGCUCACCCUUUUUUGUCUUUUUUAAGAGCAGUGAAGGAUCCUCACAACCAACGUCGACUACUUCUCAAGGGACGUCUGUCCAGAGUGGACCAGUCAUCCCUCAACACAUCGUUAAAGACGCAAUGA